AUGGAUAUUGAUGAGGCUGUAAUGGAUAUUGAUGAGGCUGUAAUGGAUCUUGAUGAGGCUGUAAUGGAUAUUAAUGAGGAUGUAAUUGAUAUUGAUGAGGCUGUAAUGGAUAUUAAUGAGGAUGUAAUUGAUAUUAAUGAGGCUGUAAUGGAUAUUAAUGAGGCUGUAAUGGAUAUUGAUGAGGCUGAAAUGGAUAUUGAUGAGGCUGUAAUAGAUAUUGAUGAGGCUGUAAUGAAUAUUGAUGAGGCUGUAAUGGAUAUUAAUGAGGCUGUAAUGGAUAUUGAUGAGGCUGAAAUGGAUAUUGAUGAGGCUGUAAUAGAUAUUAAUGAGGGUGUAAUGGAUAUUGAUGAGGCUGUAAUGGAUAUUGAUGAGGCUGUAAUGGAUAUUAAUGAGGGUGUAAUGGAUAUUGAUGAGGCUGUAAUGGAUAUUGAUGAGGCUGUAAUGGAUAUUAAUGAGGCUGUAAUGGAUAUUAAUGAGGCUGUAAUGGAUAUUAAUGAGGCUGUAAUGGAUAUUAAUGAGGCUGUAAUGGAUAUUGAUGAGGCUGUAAUGGAUAUUAAUGAGGCUGUAAUGGAUAUUAAUGAGGCUGUAAUGGAUAUUAAUGAGGCUGUAAUGGAUAUUGAUGAGGCUGUAAUGGAUAUUAAUGAGGCUGUAAUGGAUAUUGAUGAGGCUGUAAUGGAUAUUAAUGAGGCUGUAAUGGAUAUUAAUGAGGCUGUAAUGGAUAUUAAUGAGGCUGUAAUGGAUAUUAAUGAGGCUGUAAUGGAUAUUGAUGAGGCUGUAAUGGAUAUUAAUGAGGCUGUAAUGGAUAUUAAUGAGGCUGUAAUGGAUAUUAAUGAGGCUGUAAUGGAUAUUAAUGAGGCUGUAAUGGAUAUUGAUGAGGCUGUAAUGGAUAUUAAUGAGGGUGUAAUGGAUAUUGAUGAGGCUGUAAUGGAUAUUAAUGAGGCUGUAAUGGAUAUUAAUGAGGCUGUAAUGGAUAUUGAUGAGGCUGUAAUGGAUAUUGAUGAGGCUGCAAUGGACAUCGAUGAGGCUGUAAUGGAUAUUAAUGAGACUGUAAUGGAUAUUGAUGAGGCUCUAAUGGAUAUUGAUGAGGCUGUAAUAGAUAUUGAUGAGGCUGUAAUGGAUAUUGAUGAGGAUGUAAUUGAUAUUAAGGAGGCUGUAAUGGAUAUUAAUGAGGAUGUAAUUGAUAUUAAUGAGGCUGUAAUGGAUAUUAAUGAGGCUGUAAUGGAUAUUGAUGAGGCUGUAAUGGAUAUUAAUGAGGCUGUAAUGGAUAUUGAUGAGGCUGAAAUGGAUAUUGAUGAGGCUGUAAUAGAUAUUGAUGAGGCUGUAAUGAAUAUUGAUGAGGCUGUAAUGGAUAUUAAUGAGGCUGUAAUGGAUAUUGAUGAGGCUGAAAUGGAUAUUGAUGAGGCUGUAAUAGAUAUUAAUGAGGGUGUAAUGGAUAUUGAUGAGGCUGUAAUGGAUAUUGAUGAGGCUGUAAUUGAUAUUAAUGAGGGUGUAAUGGAUAUUGAUGAGGCUGUAAUGGAUAUUAAUGAGGCUGUAAUUGAUAUUAAUGAGGCUGUAAUGGAUAUUAAUGAGGCUGUAAUGGAUAUUGAUGAGGCUCUAAUGGAUAUUGAUGAGGCUGUAAUAGAUAUUGAUGAGGCUGUAAUGGAUAUUGAUGAGGAUGUAAUUGAUAUUAAGGAGGCUGUAAUGGAUAUUAAUGAGGAUGUAAUUGAUAUUAAUGAGGCUGUAAUGGAUAUUAAUGAGGCUGUAAUGGAUAUUGAUGAGGCUGUAAUGGAUAUUAAUGAGGCUGUAAUGGAUAUUGAUGAGGCUGAAAUGGAUAUUGAUGAGGCUGUAAUAGAUAUUGAUGAGGCUGUAAUGAAUAUUGAUGAGGCUGUAAUGGAUAUUAAUGAGGCUGUAAUGGAUAUUGAUGAGGCUGAAAUGGAUAUUGAUGAGGCUGUAAUAGAUAUUAAUGAGGGUGUAAUGGAUAUUGAUGAGGCUGUAAUGGAUAUUGAUGAGGCUGUAAUGGAUAUUAAUGAGGGUGUAAUGGAUAUUGAUGAGGCUGUAAUGGAUAUUGAUGAGGCUGUAAUGGAUAUUGAUGAGGCUGUAAUGGAUAUUAAUGAGGCUGUAAUGGAUAUUAAUGAGGCUGUAAUGGAUAUUGAUGAGGCUGUAAUGGAUAUUAAUGAGGGUGUAAUGGAUAUUGAUGAGGCUGUAAUGGAUAUUAAUGAGGCUGUAAUGGAUAUUAAUGAGGCUGUAAUGGAUAUUGAUGAGGCUGUAAUGGAUAUUGAUGAGGCUGCAAUGGACAUCGAUGAGGCUGUAAUGGAUAUUAAUGAGACUGUAAUGGAUAUUAAUGAGACUGUAAUGGAUAUUGAUGAGGCUCUAAUGGAUAUUGAUGAGGCUGUAAUGGAUAUUCAUGAGGCUGUAAUGGAUAUUGAUGAGGAUGUAAUGGAUAUUGAUGAAGCUGUAAUGGAUAUUGAUGAGGCUGUAAUGGAUAUUGAUGAGGCUGUAAUGGAUAUUAAUGAGGCUGUAAUGGAUAUUAAUGAGGCGGUAAUGGGUAUUGAUGAGGCUGUAAUGGACAUUGAUGAGGCUGUAAUGGAUAUUAAUGAGGAUGUAAUGGAUAUUGAUGAGGCUGUAGUGGAUAUUAAUGAGGCUGUAAUGGAUAUUAAUGCUUGUUAA